AAAUGACCUGCAAAAGUAACCACAAAUUAGGAGAAAUAGAUUUUAAUAUACAAAAUAUAGACUCAGCGAUUAAGACAUUGAAGUCAAAUGGCAGUACUGGAACAGACGACAUACCAUCUGUCAUAUACAAAAAUGGUAGCACGGAAAUGGUAGUCUUGUUACUUAGAAUAUUUACUCUGUCACUGGAAACUGGAACUUAUCCUGAAGUGUGGAAAACCACAUACAUAUUACCUAAGCACAAAGCAGGGGCCAAAACCAGUGCAUGCAACUAUAGACCUAUUAAUAUAACACCGGUAAUAUCACGAAUAAUGGAGAAAGUGGUUAAAGACCAAGUGUCAGACAACUUACUAGAACAUGAACUUAUCAACCCAUCACAACACGGAUUCCUCAAAAAGAGAUCAUGUGCGACCUGUCACAUAGACUUUUUCAAUGAAGUUACACGAAGCAGGGACAACAGAGAACUAGUAAUUGUGCUAUAUUUCGAUAUAACAAAAGCCUUCGAUAGAGUCCCCCAUAAUCUGCUAGUCAGCAGGUUAUGCUCACUAGGGAUAUGUGACCCUCUCCUGAGCUGGAUAAAAUCAUUUCUCUGUGACAGAAUCAGAUAUAAAAGUUGGCUCGAUAAUCUCAAGGCCUAAACCUGUAAGUAGUGGUGUAAUCCAGGGAAGUGUAUUAGGCCCACUCCUAUUCAUAAUAUAUAUAAACAGUAUCUGUGAAUGCUUU